GCGAAAACUGAAAAAAAAAAAAAUGUCCGUGUCUGGUUAAAUUCAAAGUUUAGUUUUAGCAUAGGAUGGAUACAAGUGACAGAAAAAGACUCGAGAAGUUACAAAAAGAAAAAAAAGAUGCUGAGCGAAGGAACAAGUUCACAGAAGUGUCCGAGUUAUGUAACGGAAUUGGUGAGAUUUUCCGAAAAUAUGGUUUCUUCAAAGAAGCUAUUGAGGAAUAUAACCAAGACUUGUCCAUCUGUGAGACGUAUAACGACACCUUAGGUGCGGCUGUUGCAUGUCGCAUGCUCAGUGAAUGCUACUGUGAUCUGGGUGACUUCAACAAAGCAAUUCAACUUCAGAAACGUUACCUGUCACUGGCACGUAGCAUGAAGAACACUGUUGAAGAACAAAGAGCAUGGGCCACAAUUGGAAGGACUUACCUCUUUCAGGCUGAAACCGAUGAAGGACGGACAGCUUAUUCCAAGGCUGAAGAUGCAUUUAUACAUGCUCUGGAACUCUGUGAAAGCAUGAAAAAUGAUCUCAGCCAUAAGGAGUACAUGACGAUGAAGGCACGGCUCUUCCUGAAUAUGGGAGUCGUACAGACUGGCCGAAGCAAUUUCCAGGAAUUCAAGAAUUAUAUGGAACGGUGCAUAUCAAUAGCUCGAACAAAUGGUUUGGCUGAAGAAUUGUUUCGGUGUCAGUUUCUGUUGGCUGACCAUUACAAUUUGGUUGGGAGUUCUUCCGCUGCUCUACAACACAUAGAAUCUGCUAUAAAAUCGGCACUAAAGAUGAAAGACAAACACCUGUUGACUGACAGUUACCUCUUGAAAUUCCAGAUAUGCUUUGAAGCUGGACAAUACGGAGUAGCACGCCAUUCUUUGAAAAAGCUGGUUAACAUUGGCUUCAAUGAUGACAGGAAACUGAAAAAAUUUUAUAGCAUUGCUCAGAAGAGUGAAAUAGUCCAGGACAAACUGACAACACUAGAGAAAAAAUCAUCAGAUAGCGAGAAUAUCAAGAGCCUGAUGAAACAAUAUGAGAUGCUAGCGGAUUAUUCUGUUGAUUUGUCUUUCUACAAACUGGCCAUCAGAUAUUACCUUAAAGUGAUGUGUUCUCACAAAAUAUCAGAAAUGAACAAUACUGCUUGUAUGGCAGAAAUGAACAAUACUGCUUGUAUGGCAGAAAUGAACAAUACUGCUUGUAUCACACAGUGUCAAUCCAAGGAGACAUAA